AUGCAAAGAUUAGCUGAUUAUUUCGUUGUCGUUGGCUAUGACCACGAUGAAGAACGUAGCGGUCGCAGUUUUGGAAAGAUAAUUCAACGUUUUCCAGAAAAAGACUGGCCAGACUGUCCGUUCAAUCGCAAUGUUGUUCAUUUUUGUCAACCGCAAGGAUGGAUGUUAUCACCAAAAUGUGAAUUGCCAACAUUCUUCAUAUCGAUAUUGACUGAUCUUGAUGGACAAAGACAUUAUUGUGCGUGUUUGACAUUUCAUGAAACAUUACUGCCAACAACAACACCAACGUCGCCGUCAACUAAACCAACAACUUUAUCUGACUUUACCCUUGUUGGUGCAGGUGACGAAGCUGAUGAUACGGCAUUUGUCAUUCCUCGCACACAAAUGUUUGCCCCAAAAUGUCUUGUACUCACAUCAAAAUUCGAUUGUUUUGAGAUAUUUCGGAAUUGUCUUGGUCUUCUCUACACUGUGUAUAUUGAACCAUUGUCAGAUAUUAAAAUAGAGAAUCUUGUUGGAAAUAUUCUAGGAUCUAUUAGUGUUCCUCCAGCCGGUGGACAAGCAUUACGUUUUUCAGUUGGUGCUGAUGAUCGACAAGUAUUGCAACCACCCUUAAGUUCGACGGUUCCAUGCACUGGCUUGUCUGUAUAUAAUUUAUUUAAAGAAUUAGGAAUCGAUCAUGUGGUAACGAUAUUCUGUGCAGUACUGUCAGAUAUCAAAAUACUCUUUUUUUCUAAAAGUUAUUCAAAAUUAACUGAUUCUUGCAAAGCAGUUGAAGCAUUAUUAUUUCCAUUGAAAUAUUGUUACACAUUUAUUCCUGUAUUACCGUUUGAUUUACUUGAGAUACUUGAUGCUCCUACACCAUAUAUUGUCGGUGUACAUUCGGAUCAAAAACUUCAAGCACUUUCUAAUUUUGAUGGGAUGUGGAUUGAUUUGGACGGGUCUAGUGUUCAUCUUACAGAUGGUGUUAAAUUAGCUCCAAUGCCUGACAAAAUGUACUGCCGUGUGUUAACGUCUUUGUUUCAAGUUUUGAAACCGGAUAUUCAUAUGGCUGAUCUCGCCUUUCCAACAUGCCGAACAAACGUUAAACAAGACGGGCAAAUAGCCGAUUAUCCAAAAUAUAAAGAUGAUAUUAACAAAGAUAAGCAAAUUCGUUCUAUAUUUAUUCGUUUAUUUUCUGAAUUAUUUGCUGGUUAUCGUUCUUGUUUACUGAUAAUUCGUAUCAAUCCAAAGCCGGUUAUUUCAUUUCACAAGGCCAGUUUUCUUGGUCACCAUCGUCUAGUCAAUGAUGAAUUUAUGCAACGUGUUCUUGAUUCAAUGUCGUUCCAUAAGUUUAUCGAAGAAAGAGGUCCACCUUAUCGAAGUUGUGAUAUAUUUGACGAGGUAUAUGCAUCGAUUCACGAGCAAUUGAAGCGUGAGUCAGAUUCAACAACAAGUACACAAGAACAUAUAAGAGAAUUAGCUAAUCAAUUACUUUUGAAUGAAAAUCCAUCUACACAACAAACUUAUACUCAAAAAGUGACACAACCGUCAAAUGCAAGUUAUAAUCGUACAAAUUUAUCAGAAUUUCCACAUUUAGAAAAAGAUAUAGUUCACAAUGUCAUUAAAGAAGGACUUAAACGACAACAAAAUAGCAGACCGUAUUCAGCAAGAAUAACCCAGCCAUCUCUUAUAAAAAUUGGUACACCGAUAAAUAUAUUAAAUGGUCGAACAGAUUUAUCACAAUCAGCGAGACGAUUAGAAGUGUUGAAGCAAUGUGUUGGAUAUAUAUUUAAUGAUAAAAUUGCAGAUGCUAAAAAAACAAGUGGUGCUGUUUUUUAUUCCCUUAAAAGUCAUGAAGAUGCUCGUAUUGCAUUAUGUGUUGAAUUAGCUUCGUAUAAAAAGCAAAAUAAACCACGUUUAAAUAAUCAACAAUUUGAAAUGAUUGUCAAUUUACUUAACUGUGCACUUGAAGCUGGUUCACCUAUUGAUGAACAUGGCAUUGCCUAUAAGAUGCUUAUUUUAGCAACAACAUUUCAUCGAAAAUUAAGCGAAGAAGCAACACAAUUUAUUUACACGGAUAUUCAACGUCAUCCUGUGUGGAAUAAUUUUCAAUUUUGGGAAAUGUCAUUUUAUUCCGAUGUUCAAUUACAAAUUCGAAAUUUAUAUCUGUCAAGUGAAGAAUAUAUGUUUCAUAAUUCGAAUAAUAAUAAUAACAAUGAUUCGUCCUCUUCAUCAACCGAUACAACUACACAUCAUACACCGAAAACUGUCAACGAUUCGUUUGAUUAUUCAUCACAAAAUGGUACAACAUCAAUAACUUCGAAAAGUGGUGAAAAUAAUAUAAAUUUGUUUCAAGAGAAAACAGCAUUGGAAAUAGCUGCUGAACAAAUGCGACUUUAUACACAAAAAUCUGUUGAUGAACAACGAUCAAUGCAAGAAUUAGAAGAACAAACAUUAUAUGCAUUAGCUAUUCAUUACAUACAAUUAAUGGUGUAUAUGAAACUCCCAUUGGAUAUAUCCAGUUCACAUAUAAGACAUUCAACAUUUGCAAAUGUUCAUAAUUCUCAUACGGGAUGUGAUCGUGAUAGUAUAAGCAGUGAUUUAUUCCAUAAUAACGAUCGUUACAGCGUUCGAGAUGCAGAUGAAACUUCGACAAUUGGUUCACGAGAUAGUGGUAAUGAAUUUGAUAUGAAUGAUGAUGAAGCGACUGAUUUAGUAUUAAGUUUUGUGAAAAAAUUUGUUGAUAAGAUAUGUGAUGAGGGAGGAGUGACACAAGCACAUAAGAAUAGUCUUCAUACAAAACUAUUUCAAACUGUUCAAGUUCAAAUCGAAGUAUUAGAAAAAGUAUACAGAGAAACUCGACGAGUUGCACCAAUGCCAAAACCAACAUUACCACGUUUUAUUAUGAUUCCAGAAAAUACAGAACAUGAAGAAUAUUAUGCUUUACGAUCGUAUCUUUUACCAGAUGGAAGAGAUGAAUUUUUUAGUCAAAAUUCAGUAGCAUCGUUACUGCCUGCUGAAGGAGCCUUAAUCAUGACAAAUUAUCGUUUAAUAUUCAAAGGACGACCAGUUAAUCCUACGAUUUCAAACGAAUAUCUUAUCGUACGAUCAUUUCCAAUCUCAUCAUUAAUACGUGAGAAAAAGUUAUCCGGACAAUUUCGCGUUGACAAUUCGAAUAUAUGUUUGCAUAAUGGCAUGCAAUUACGUUCAGCGACGUUUCAGUUAAUCAAAGUUUAUUUUGAUGAUGAAGUUUCUUUGGAAGAUAUAGAAAAAUUUCGUAAUAAAUUAGUUGAAAAAAGAUAUCCAGAAUCAGUGUUUCAAUCAUUUUCAUUCUCGAUAUACAGUGAAUUUAGUCCAGUUAUGAAUAAACAAAAAGAUGGAACAUUAAAAAAAUAUAGCCGUUAUGCUCGAAAUGUCUUACGUAAAAAAGGUUUAAUUCCUGCAAAAGAUUUAAAUGUACAUCAUAAUCGUAAUAACUUUAUUGGUAACAGUGGGAGUAUGGGGGGUCAUAAUAUUGGAAGUAAUAAGACAAUGUCAACAAGUACAAACAGUACAAAAUAUAAUCAAGUUGUUAUGAUUCGUACACCUGAACCACCUAGACGUAGUCUUACAUUAUCCAAUACUCGUUCUCCCAAAUCGGUAACAUCAUCAACAUUAAAUCAAACAUCAUCAGUUACAACUACAACAACAAUUCAUGAAUGUGACGAAAUGAUAAGAAAUAAUAGUGAUGACGAAGACGAAGAUAGCCUAUCGACGAUUGAUGAAGCCGAUUCAACAAAUUUCAAUGAUACAAAGAGCCUAGAACGGUAUGCUGAUAGUAUUGUUUACAAAGAUUUUGUACGACAAGGUUUAAUAACAAAUGUGACUGCAUUUGGAUUACGAACAACAAUGAGAGCAGCUGCUGCUGCAUCGCUUGCAUCAGCUGUUUCUUUACCGGUACCAAUAGCAACAAGUCCUUCAUCAAAUGAUAGUAACGGACAGCAACAACCAACAUUAUCGUUAAUGAAUUCAAAUAUAGCUCCAACCGUACAAACCAAUAGCAAUAAUAAUGGCGUUCUCACCAAUACAGUGUCGUUAACAAAUGAUGAUUGUUUUCGUGUGUCACAUAUUAAUAGAAAUUUUACGUUUUGUCGAAGUUAUCCACUGGUGCUUGUGUUACCAAAAGAUGUGUUGGAUGAAAGUUUAAAAAAGGUUGCACGUUGUCAUAAACUUCAAAGAGUGCCUGUUAUUGUUUGGCGAAAUCCUCGUACAAAAGCACUAUUACUUCGUGGUUCGGCAUUUUGUAAUAAAGGUUUUAUCAAUUUACUUGUUAAAGGACCACAAACAACAAACAGUUCAUCAAGCGAUACAAAUGCUAGUAUCGAACAAGAACGUUAUUUUGAUGCAAUUGUUAAACUAACACCGAAUAAAAUGCCAUUUUCUGAAGUAGACAAUGAUGAAAUCGAAACAACUCCUGAAAUAACACCAUUAUCUGUACGAAAAAAUCAUCAUUAUCAUCCAGCAACAACACGAUUACAAAAUUUUUUACCAGGACGUGUACUAUAUGAUAGACCGAGAACAACCAAUAUCAGUUCACAAUCAACUGCUGACACAUUAUCACGAAGUGAAACAACCAGUCAUCAAGGAUCAGUUAAUUCGCCAAGUGUUGGAGGAACAGUUGGUGUGAAUAACGGGGCAUUAGAUGUGGAUUUUAAUGAAUCAAUUUUACAAGUUCAUAAACGUUCGCCACUGUACAUUAUUGGUGAUCGAGCACAAUAUCGAACUGGUCGUUUGGAACAAUUUCAAAAUUAUUGUUUUCUUCCACUAGAGUUUCAUGAUAUUAGUCAGAUAAAAACAAGUUUUAAAAAUUUGUUAAAAGCGUGUGUUCCAAGUAAUAUGAUACAAGUACCAAAUAAUAAUUCAAAUAAUAAUAAUUUGGAUACAUCGACAACGAUAACAACGGUUACAUUUUUUAAAUUAAUUGAAGAAUCGAGAUGGUUACAUCAACUUCAAAAAAUAUUAAUGGUUAGUCAAUAUAUAGUUCAAUUUAGCGAAGAUCAUGCAUCAUCCGUAAUGAUUUGUAUUGAAGAUGGAUGGGAUGUAUCGUCGCAGCUUGUAUCAAUAAGUGAAAUACUUCUUGAUCCAUAUUAUCGUACAUUUGACGGUUUUCAAACAUUAAUUGAACGUGAAUGGUUUGCAUUUGGACAUCGAUUUUCCCAUCGUUCUAAUCAGACAGUUGCAAAUAAAACUGGAUUUGCAGCUGUUUUCUUACAAUUUCUUGAUCUUGUCCAUCAGAUAUGGAAUCAAUAUCCUACUGAAUUUGAAUUUAAUGAUUACUAUUUACGUUUUAUUGCCUAUCAUCAUUUGUCAAAUCGUUUUAAAAAUUUUAUGCUUAAUUGUGAUAGUGAAAGAAAAACAAAUCCAAAUUGGUAUGUUGAUAUGAAAGAUUUUUCAAGAGAACAAGAUGAUUUUGGUUUAUUUCGAUGUAACACAAUAAACAUAUGGGAUUACAUUACAAAAGUGAAUCGUGAAUCAUCUCGUUUUUAUAAUUUUUUAUAUUCACCAUCAUGUUUUACAUCUCAUAGUUUAACUGAUGAUAAUACUGUACUACGACCAUCGUAUAAAAUGUGCUCGUUAGAUGUAUGGGAUUUUUAUUUAUGUGAAACAUUAGAAACAGGGUGUACAUAUGAUUUGGAUUUAUCAGCAGCUGAACAUGAUGAACGUUUUAAUGAUACAGAAUUAAAACAGCGAACAUUCGUAGCAGCAUUUUAUGACGAUGUGAAUGUCUGCCUACCAGACUUUUUUGCUGAUAUUGUCUCGGAAAUGUCAAAUACACUACAACAUACCGGUGAUAGUUGGAAACAUCAUUGGGAUAAAAUUGAAAAACCAGAAAGAGAACGAGCACAGCGUUUAUCAAUGCAAGAUGAAUCACUAAAGAAGAAAUUUUUACAACAGAGUCAGCAACAAAAUAAAUCACUAUCGUUGUCUGCAUCAUCUCGAACAUCAUCAAUGUAUGACGUCAUUCGUGGUUUACAAUGUCGUGAAUGUUUAUCAUGUUAUCAUGAAAAUUGUCGUACGUUAGGUUCAAAUCGUCCGUGUCGACAACGAAAUGAAUCUCAAACUGUUGUUAAUUCAAGUCGAUUAGAAACGGGUAGUGUUACAGAAACAACAUUCAUAUGUUUUAUUAUUAAAGGAGUGUAUGAUCAUGGACCAUCAUCUUCUCUUGGAGUGGGCAGUGGAGGUGGUCCACAACAUCGAACGUACGAAGGAUAUUUGAGAAAACGUGGUCAUUUGCUUAAACAAUGGAAAGAAAGAUGGUUUGUUCUUGAUUCAGUUCGACAUGAAUUACGUUAUUACGAUAGUAGUGAUGAUCAAACACCCAAGGGCACGAUACUUUUGGCUGACGCUGUUGAAGUUGUGCCGUAUACGGGACCUUUACCAAACGCAUUAAGAAGAUUUGAUAAUCGAGCAGCAUUUGAAUGUGUUCAUUGUCUUGAAACAUUUGCUUGUCAGUAUUCAACACAGUCGGCAGUAAAACAAACAUCAACUCAACAAAAACAUAUUUUAAAAGAUAAUGAUGGUGAAGAUGAUCAUCAUUUAACGUCCUUGUUUUCAUCAUCUUAUUACAUUGAUGCUGAUUCAAAAUCAAAAUUAAUUUCUGGAAAAAAUAAGAAUAAAAAUAAACAAAAACAACAACGACAGCCGCUUAGUCAAACAACAAAAUUAGUGGCUGAUGCAGAUCAAUUUGGAACAUUGAGUGGAAUUGAUACAGAUGGUGACAAAGAAUUUUUCGGGGAUACAUUCGUCACAGAUGAUGGUUUGAUUGUUAAUAAUAAAUAUCAGCCAAGUAUCAAUAAUGAUGAUGAUGGGAUAAAUCAGGAAGAACUUGAUGAGCCUCGACAAUUAGCCAUAGAUGGGCGUCGUUUUCCAAUUUGGUAUUAUGCAUCAAAACUACGAUCACUUGGAACCACCAAUAAGGUUCAAGAAGCGUUAGAUUAUUUUUAUAAGACGAUAAUGGAUAAAGAACGUGUAGCACCGAAUAUGUUUUGUUACCAAGUUGUAAUUGGCGUUUGUGCACGAAAUGGCUAUUUAUCACAAGCAUUUCAACUUUAUCGUGAAAUGAAAGAUCGUGGUUUUAAUGGAAUGUAUACAAAUAAAAUGUCAAAAAUUUUUACAUUAUUAGCAACAGCUUGUUAUCGGUCAUCCGAUAAACAUCUUAGUAUUGAUUAUGCAACAAAACUUAUCGAUGAUAUUAAAGAAAAAGGCAUGUAUGUGAUUCUAGAAAGUUAUUCAAUUCAAUUUAAUACGUAUAAUGCGUUGAUUAGUGCAUUUGGUAAACAUGGUGAUUUGAAGCGUGCAUUUCAGUUAGCUGAUGAAAUGGUUGAAUUAGGAUGGAUACCAAAUCAUGAAACCUACGUAGCAUUGUUAAUUGCUUGUGGUUCGGAACCAACUGAUGGUUUAAGAUAUGCGAUUGAGAUUUGGCGUCGAAUGCUUACGUUUCGUAUUAGACCGACAGUAUUUCAUUUCGGUUUAUUACUGCGUGCCGUUCAUCACUGUGGACUGGGAUCACAGAGCGCCGUUAAUGAAUUACUUGUUUCACAACCACAUCAUCCACUAUUAAAGGAUGAUGACAGAAAUACUAACCAGUUCAAUCAACUAACCAUCGAAUAUUCACAACCUUCAUCCUCAUUUUUUUCAUAUCUCAUACCAUCAUCGUCAAACGAGACCGUUACUACUAUGUCAAUCGAAGAAGAUCAAACAUCCAAGCAUGCUUCGUUAUCUUCAAUAUCAUCAAACAAUAACAACUCUAAAUUAUCGAUAACAGAUGAUAUUCUAGAACCAAUGUCAUAUGAAAUAUUGAAUAAAGAUGAUAUUCAAGCUGAUGAAUUAUUGAAAUAUAAACAAUCAGAAUGGUGGCAGAGUGCUGAUGAUAUACGAUCGGGUCAAAUAACAGCCAAUCAGUUACAACCAUUUGGUGAUGCGAGUAUUCUCAAAUCUAAUGUAUGUUACAAAGACACAAAUAUUGUUGGCUUAACACUACCGAAAACACCAGCUGAACGACUAAUGUUACUAGGUGGAAUACCAGGAAUAUUAAAACAUAUGAAAGAGUGUAACGUUCAGCCCAACAUUAUUAUAUUUAAUCAUUUUCUUGAGCUUCUGCCAUUGAUUAACGAACAUGAACAUGCUCUGUUACACGUGAUGAAAAUGUGUGAAGUUAAACCAACGUUACAAUUUUUUAAUAUUUUGAUUCUUAGAAGAUUACGCCGUCGUUCAUUAAAAGAAUCAAAAGAAGUCAUAGAAUUAAUGCGCGAUUACUGUAUCACACCCGAUAUCUAUACAUUUUCGGCAUUAGCAAAAGGAUGUUUAACAAAAGAUGAUAGUGCGCAAUUACUUAUCGAUAUGCAGGUAGUUGAACUUAAUCUUAAACCAAAUCAAUACAUUCUGGGUUCAAUGUUACAAAAUGCUUUUAAUCGUGAUAAUUUUCCUUAUAUGUCAUUUAUUUGUAAUGCUUAUCGAACGUAUGAUCUAGCUGUACAUCCUAUAUUUUUAAAAAAAAUUGAAAAUUAUUUACUUCGCACACGUUCAAGAAUCCUCGCUUUGGAGCGUCAAAAUGUACAAGAUGAAAAAUAUAAUAUCCUUAAUGCAACUUAUAAUCGAUUUCAAAAAUUUUAUGAUCAUUGGUUAAAAAGUAUUCCUUAUCAAAAACGUUAUGAUCAAAAAGUGACAUUUAUGUAUGAUAAACCGAAAUUAAAAUGA